UUUUUUACCUUUAAAACCCUUCAAAAAAUGAAUAAUUCUAAUCAUCAAAUAACUUCAACAACAACUCCAUUAAAUAAAAUUAACAUUUUACAACAAUUUCCACCUAUGAAACAGGAAGAAAAAAAUCGAAAAAUGCUUGAAGAAUUACAACGGCAGAAGCGUCAGAUGAUGCAGAAAAAUGCUAGCUCAACAAAUCGCCCAACAAAUUUACAAACAACAGGCCCAAUAUCAAGUGGAAGCGAGAGGGAUUUGUCAACACCGAGUGGAAUGGGACCUUCAAUUACUCCAACGUCUUUAGCUUCCAAAGUUAAUUUGGCUGAGGGGACAAUUAUGUUUAUUCCUGUAAAUUCACAAUUUGGAAAUAGUAUAAUUCCGGUAUUUCCGCGUAUUGCACCUGAGACGUGA